AUGGGGUUCUUUUCAAGGAAAAAAGAUGAUAGCUCGAGAAACAGCAGCACUAACAGUUCCAAAAGCAACUUAAAUGAGUCACGAAAGGAUCUUAUUCCAUGUAGCACAAUGCUUCGAGCACCUCCUAAAUCAUAUCCUGUUCCAGCUGGUUUGGACCCAAUCACUGAAGAACAGUUCAAAUUAUACAAUGUUGUCUUGAAACAUAUCCAAGAUCCAAAUUUAAAGUUACCAAUGAAUACAAACGAUUUAAAUAAAGGCACUACUGAUGAAUCCUCGCUACGUUCAUUGUCCUCAUGGGAAAAGUUCUGGUUGACUAGAGAAUGUAUCUUAAGACAUUUAAGGGCCAAUAAAUGGAACACACAGGAGACAAUAAACCACUUAAAAACGACUCUUUGUUGGAGAAGAGAGGUUGGGUUAACUCAUGAUCCAGAGUAUCCUAAUAAUCUAUCUCCUGAUAAAAUUGCUAUUGAAAAUGAAACUGGUAAAGAGGUUUUGUUAGGGUUUGAUAAGAUGAGAAGACCUCUGUUCUAUAUGAAAAACGGGAGACAAAACACUGAACCAUCGUUUAGACAAGUUCAACAUAUGAUCUACAUGAUGGAGAAUGCAGCUACUCUCUGUCCACAAGGUGUGGAAACAAUCACUGUGUUAGUGGAUUUCAAAUUUUAUAAAGAACCUGGUGUUAUCACUGAUAAAGCACCACCACUUUCUAUCGCAAAGGCAUGUUUGGCUGUAUUGGAAAGGCAUUAUCCUGAAAGAUUAGCUAAAUGUAUUUUAAUCAAUGCACCAUGGUAUAUCUCUGCAUUCUUGAAAAUAAUGUAUCCAUUUUUGGAUCCUGCUACAAAGGAGAAGGUUAUCUUCGAUGAACCAUUUGAAAAGCAUAUAGAACCAGAGCAAUUGGAGGCCUUGUACAACGGUAGGUUAGAUUUCACCUAUAAACACGAUGUGUACUGGCCAGAUAUGGUUAAGGCUUGUGAUGAAAUGCGUCAAGUGCAAUAUGAAAGAUGGCUCAAGUUUGGAGGUGCUAUUGGAUUAAGUGAAUUCGAUUUAAAGGGAGAUCAUGAAGAAUUGAUGUAUCCUGUAGAUUUUGAUAUGACAAAACUUAAAUAA